AUGGAAAAUGUAAAAGGGAUUCACAUGAAACAAGCACUUUUGGCGGGUGGAAUAGCAGGAACGGCAGUGGAUACGAUUUUAUAUCCUUUAGAUACAAUUAAAACUAGAUUACAAUCUAAAUCAGGAUUUAAAGCUUCAGGAGGAUUUCGUGGAAUUUAUUCUGGAUUAACAAGUGCUAUAAUUGGUAGUGCUCCAGGAGCAUCAGUAUUUUUUGUUACAUAUGAGUAUAUGAAGAAUAAAUUAGGAAAUAUAUUUCCUGAUACUAAAUAUUUAUCAUUUAUUCAUAUGAUUUCUGCAUCAAGUGGUGAAGCAGCAUGUAUUGUAAGAGUUCCAACUGAAGUAGUUAAGCAACGUAUGCAAACAAAACAAUAUACUUCAACUUCUUCAGCAUUAAAAAUUAUUUUUAAACAAGAAGGAUUUAUUGGAUUUUAUCGUGGAUAUUUUAAUACCGUAAUUCGAGAGGUACCUUUUGCUUGUUUUCAAUUUCCAUUUUAUGAAUAUUUAAAAAUUAUAGUAGCAAAAAAUACAAAAAGAAAUCAUAUUGAACCAUGGGAAGCAGCAAUUUGUGGGAGUAUAGCUGGUGGUUCUGCAGCUGCAAUUACUACUCCAUUAGAUGUUAUUAAAACACGUAUAAUGUUAUCAUCUAAUCAUCAAACAAUACAUAAUUAUUCUGGUACAAUUAAUACAUUUAAUAGAAUUUUACAUGAAGAAGGAGUUAAACUUUUAUUUUCUGGUAUUGGACCAAGAGUUAUUUGGAUGAGUAUAGGUGGAUAUAUAUUUUUAG